AUGCCAGCAUGGCAAUGGCUUAAGGCCUCAACUUCCACUGAAUUUCACUUCGCUCUGACCGCCAAAAUGGUUGAUCACCAAACUCGAAGUGAAGCUCAAUUAUUGUCCAGGUCUCAUCGUGGGCCCCAAGUGGUUUCUAAAACGGGAUGAGACGACUUCGACACCUCGAAAAAUUUGACGCUGUUUUCUCUCCAUCAGUUGUUGUCCUCGUUGAAUUGUGGACAAAACGGAAGGUUAGAGUCAGAGCUACGUGACAAACUAGUCCCAGUUCGACCCGGCCGAAAAAGAGCCCAAAUGAAUAGCAAUAGAAGCACCGGCCGGUUGGUCGGCCAAGCGGGGGACACCAAUUUCUCCAUUCCUCAUCAUCUGCCGACCGCCAUAGUGACCACUUGGAAGAGGAGAUGUCAGUCGGCUCUGACCAGACCUCUCCGAGCCUACCCGCCCCCUGCAACAAAUCGAGAGUGUAGACUCUGCGGGUAG